CUUCCCGCCAUGUGUAUGUGGUAACAAAAGCUUCGAUUACUCUAUCCUCUCUCUCUCUCUCUCUCUCUCUCUCUCUAAUGGCUUCUUCUUCUCUACCUCUGUCUCUUCCGUUUCCACUCCGAUCUCGUAGUAGUCUCACUCGAUCUCUACCUUUCCGAUGUUCCCCUCUCUUUAUCUAUCUUCCUACUUCAAUCGUUUGCUUCUCCACUCAAAACCCCUCCGGUUACGACCGAGAAGAGGUCCGGUGGCUCCGGGAAGAGCAAAGAUGGAUUCGCGAGGAGCAACGAUGGCUUCGAGAAGAACAGAGAUGGAUACAUGAGCGUGAAUCACUUCUACAAGAGAUUUCAGAUCUUCAGCUUAAGAUUCAAGCCCUAGAGUCACGAAAUUCGCAAUUGGGGACUUCUGUUCCCGAUACGAUUUCGAAUAUCGCUGCUUUGCUUCAGGUUUUGAAGGAGAAGAAUCGGAUUUCGGAGAGUGGAUUGAGCGCAACGCCGAUGGUAUUGGAGACCUUGGAGACUACGAGUGAACAAAUUGUUGAGGAGGUAGAGGAAGUGAAGCGAGUGAUUAUUGCUGAAGAGAAAGUUAGGGUUUCGGAGCCGGUGAAGAAGAAUAAGACGAGGCGGACAUUGAAAGUUGGAAGCGAAGGCGACGAUGUUCAAGCUUUGCAGGAAGCUUUGUUGAAAUUAGGAUUCUAUUCGGGCGAAGAGGACAUGGAGUUCUCGAGCUUUUCAAGUGGGACUGCAAGUGCUGUUAAGACUUGGCAAGCAUCGCUUGGCGUCCGUGAGGAUGGGAUAAUGACAGCAGAGCUUCUUCAGAGGUUGUUCAUGGAUGAAGACAUAGAGACAGAUAAGGAUGAAGCAAGUACAAUGAAGAAAGAGGAAGCUGGUAAUGGAUCGGUAUUUAGUUCAGUGACACAAGUCCCUGAGAAGAAGCAAUCAAUCAUAAAAGAUCAAAGUAACAGAGAAGAUGACGUUACUCAAAAUCGCGUUUAUCUUCUUGGAGAAAACAGAUGGGAAGAUCCUUCCAGGCUCAUUGGCAGGAACAAACCGGUAGACAGUAGUAAAUCCACAAUCACCAAAACGAGGUGCAUCACUUGUCGAGGGGAGGGUCGAUUGAUGUGCCUAGAGUGCGAUGGAACCGGUGAGCCAAACAUUGAGCCGCAGUUUAUGGAAUGGGUUGGUGAAGAUACGAAGUGUCCGUACUGUGAAGGUCUUGGCUAUACAGUUUGCGAUGUCUGCGACGGCAAAAAAAACUUAUAAUCAAGGUUACACAGACACAUUUACUUGAUGAUAUAAUCAUAUAUAUGUUUAUAUGUACAAACUUUUUCUGUAUAUCAGAAGUAUGAUAUUUGCAUUGCUCUUGUUUCAAAGAAGAUAGGUUUGAUAUUGUUUAAACAUAAAUUAGUUGGAAAACU